AUGGCAUGCUCAAAGUUUGUUUUGCCUGAUGAGAUGGUUACUGAAAUAUUUUAUCGGCUUCCCGCCAAGUCAUUGACGAGGUGCAGCUCGGUCUGCAAGUCGUGGCGAUCUAUUAUCUCAGACCCCGAAUUUAUUAAAACACUCUCGUACUACAGACGUAUUAGAGCGGACGAGGAAGCUUCAGUGUUGAUGAUUGGUGAACCAUCGGUUUUGACAGACAUUACUCGACUAGUCUGUCCCAGCUAUAAAUGUUAUCUACUUAAGCCGCGCCUGUUCACAGUUAUUGGUUCCUCUAAUGGCAUUAUAUGUCUAGUAUUCGAUAUAUACUGUUACCUCUGGAACCCAACAACCAAGCAGUGCAAGGAACUUCCUAGAUUUCCCCGUUAUGCCAGGGCUUUGGGAGACGAUGUUCACGGUACCCUAGCAUUUGCUUUUGAUAGCAUCUACGAUGACUACAAGGUUGUCCGCUUUCUACACGAAAACAUUUUUACUAGUGAUGCACCAAUUUUGCAGAUAUAUUCAACAAAUAGUGAUUCCUGGAAAGAGAUUCAUUGUCAUGACAUCAUUAGCAUCUGUGACUUAACUUUUGAACUUGGUCCUGUGAUAAAUGGAGCGUUGUAUGCAGGUGGUCACAGAGAUAUAGUUUCGUUUGAUUUGCACAAUGAGGUGUGUACGGUGGUCCCACUACCUUGUUCCGUGUCAUAUUACUCAAAGAUUUUGGAUUUUGAAGGUUCUGCAGGGGUCAUCUUUGAAUCCAUUGGGGAAAGAUCAGAAAUAUGUCUAUGGACAUUAGAUCAUAUUGAUGGCAAAAUUUCUUGGACUAAGAAGUUAAAUAUUGAACUAGGUGAAAUAAUCUGGGUAUAUUCUUAUUUGGGUGGUGGACUGUUUUCUGGAGUGAAAGAGUUUGUGUGUCCUGAUGAUGAACUCUUCGAGUUUGAGUGUCCUGAGGAACUCUUCUUGUAUGACUACCGGAAGAAAGAGUACAAACAUAUUCCGGUUCCAGUUGCGGGGCUGAAAACAUUUUUUAAAUACACAGAGACCGGUGCUUCAAUCAAAGGUUCUAAACCGCUUAUAAUUACCAGGUUCGGUAAUUUUCUAUCCUCACAAUAG